AGCUGCUUAGUGUUUAGUGAUACUUCAGACGGACUGCAGGAUUAGCACUUCGAGUCUUAUUUUGUAUCGGUGACUUAGAACAGCUGAAGCAGAACCGGUGAAAUAAAGCAAACGGCAGUAAGUUCGCACAGGACCCCCGGGAGAUCACAACCGUUUCUGAAACCGGAAAGGAGUUUGUCACUGAUGGGGAGUGCGCGGGUUCGCCUCCUGCUGCUGCUGGGACUUGUACUUCUGAUAACGCAGGUUUGGAGGGGAGAUUGUGAGGAAAACAGUGGAGCUGAACAGUGCCAGCCUGGAUUUGGUUCAGAUACUUACGUUUUUUUUGUAAACACCAAACACUUAGAAAAGGGCAGGACCCUAGGCCAAGUGCACUUUGAUGACUGCACUGGCGGACAACAAGCAGUGUAUGCUGCAGACGAUUCCCACAUCGAAGUGAUGCCUGAUGGGACUGUCACAGUGAAGCAUCAUAUGAAGCUACAUGAUGGGCUGAAGUUGUUUGCAGUUUACGCUUGUGAUUCUAAAGCAAAAAAUUUCUCCACCAGCAUUGCAGUGUUGAAUGAGAUGCAGGAUUAUGGACAUCAUCCUGGACAUGACAAGCAUAAUCAUCACCACCACCACAGAAAGCACCACAAACCUCACCACAACAACAGUGAGUCUGACUUUACUUCUGAUUCACAAGAGGAGCUUCGGGUAUUGACAUUCCGUAGACAAGGCUGGGGACAGAGGAGACAGAAAAGGGAGUGGAUUAUUCCUCCAAUAAGUGUAUCUGAAAAUGAUAGGAAUAAACUUCCAAAGCAACUGGUUCAGGUUAAAUCCAGCAAAGCCAAAGAGACUCCUGUGACUUAUAGUAUCACCGGACAGGGUGCUGAUAGAGAACCAAAGGGGAUCUUCAUAAUUGACAAGACUACUGGAUGGUUAAGUGUUACUCAGCCCCUCGACAGAGAAGUUACAUCAUUUUACAAGAUAUUCAGUGUUAAUAGACUUCGAUAUGGUGUUGAUUAUAUCGUAUUAGAAGUUCAGUAA